UUAAUCUUCUAUAUUCACAACUGAGACAGAAUGGCAGAGAAGUGAUAUGAGACGCAUCAUAUCAGCUCUAUCAACAGGAAUGCACUCUCAUUAGUCCAUUGCACAGCUUCGUUCUUGUUUCACACUUUUAUUUCCGAGUCCAUCACAAGCCAUUGCAGAGACUGGUCCAAUGGCUCAAGAAAUGGAACUGCACCUGAAAGACAAGUUCCUGGACGGCCUUGAUAUGAAGGACAAAAGCAUAUCCAAGAUUCCAAGGUACAACCAAUUUCAAGACAUAAAGAGAUUGCUAGAAGACAUGUUCAGUUCAUCCACGCCUGCAAUAGUCAAGUCUCCGAGUGCAACCAAUUUCAGGGACAAGCUUUACAAGCUCAACAAUCUUUUGACCGACUGCAAGAUGCUAUCAAGAAAACAUGGUUUCAACUCUCCGAAGGAGCUAAUUACUAUUAACAGAAUCCGGAGAGACUUGAGACAGAUCAAGAGGGAUCUCCAGGCCAUUACGAAGGAUGCAUCAAAUCGAGACAUUAAUAAACAACGUAUUAAUGGUGAUUCAAGCUCACAUGAUAGAGACAUUUUGAGAUGGACUACUCGUGCAGUAGAUGCAACAAAGGUUUAUGGACUUGAUGAUGAGGUGUUGUCCAUGGAAAACUUGCUUCUCAAGAAAGGAAGUGAUGUUCAUCAGUUCAAGGCAAUAGGCAUUGUCGGCAGGGAUGGUAUAGGAAAGACAACGCUUUGCCAACUGAUGUUCAACAAAGAUGAAGUGAAAAACAACUUCAAUCCAAGGAUCUGGGUGUGCAUGGCCAGACACCCGGAUGACGACGAGGAUGAGGAUCUUAAAUUAGCAAUUGUCAAAAGAAUGUUGAGGUACCUUGGAGUCGAAGAGGCAAUAGUCAAGUCGAUUUGUGAUGUAAAACCUGGCCUAGAAGGACUGCUAUGUGCUCUUUAUCUGCAAUUGUUGGGCAAGAGGUAUCUAAUUGUGCUUGAUGAUGCUAGGGAGACAGACUCAUGGUAUAAAGAGUUGGAUUCCAGUUUGACUCUUGAUAAGAAAUGGGGUGACAGUUUCGCAUAUGGAUUUCCAAAAGGCAGUGGAGGAAGAGUCAUAGUUACAAGCAGAAAUGAAGACAUAGCAAAUAUGAUGGUUGGGAAGGAAAAUAUACAUCACCUUGAGCCCAUGUUGGACACUAAAAGCUGCUGGGCAAUAUUCACAGACUCGGUUGACGAAUAUCUGUUACCUACCAUUCCCUCAAUCUUGGAAGAACUAAAAUCAGAAGUAAAACAAAAAUGUGGUGGCCUUCCGUUAGCUGCAAAAAUGAUGGGGCGUGCAAUGCAGGAGGAAGGAGAGCGUACUAGAAGCUAGAAGCCAUCAAGGAAUCAUAAUACCCCAGUAAUUUAAUUGUUUGUCAAUUUUCAUUGUUUUUUACCUUUGAAGUUGUUUGUGCUUUAUUAGUUCAUCUUUAAAUAAUUAUCCUAGUUUUAGACCAAGUAAUUUGAUCUUGCUAAAGUCUUGUAUGUGGAAACUUCAAACAAAUAAUGUUUUAGAUCAA